AUGGAGAGGGGGGAUACCGAUAAACUAACAGAUUUGAUUGAAGACCUUAUCUCAUAUGACGAGAAUAGGCAUAAAAAUGUCCUUGAUACCUUCUUUGAUGGAGAUGCGUCACUUUCCCAUCCAUUCCUCACGACCAAGGGGACUCACAAUAUCCGUAAAGUAUUCCGUGUAUGGGUCUCUCUUAAUGCUCAAGAACCAAGCAUAGUAGAAACUCCCAUCUAUGAUAAUGAAACUGCUGUUGUUCGCACCAUACAGCAUUUCCGCCCACGUAUUAUGCCCUUCGUUCAUUUGCAAGUUCCCGCUCAAACUAUUCUCCGAUUCCGAGAACGUGAUGAUGGCAAAAUGGUUAUCUACCAUCAAGAAGACAGCUGGACUCUCGACGCCUUAAUUCAAAGCGUUCCUCUCGUGAAUUGGUGGUACGAAAACGUUGUCCGCACAGCCUUGGGCAAAAUUGUCAGCGGAGCUGGCUCGUUCAUCUACUCUGCUAACCAGGCUACCACUCACCUUACGCACCGUGCUGGCGAAAUCGGUGUCAAGGGUCGUAAUGUCAUCUCGCAGGCUCAAGAAAAGGGGGUUGGCCUUGUAACUCCGAUUCUUAGUUCCGAUUUCAUGACGAGCAAUCAGCAAAAAGUCAGCCAAUUGACUGCGCCAUAUGCCGAGAUGUUGGUUGGCGGAUCAAAUAAGGUUACUGGUUUGACCAACAAGGCCUUCUCUGCUUUCAAUCAGUUUACUGGACGUAGCAAUUAUGAAAUUGAAGCUCAAUAG